AUGUCCAGGGAUGGUGCAGCAUCACCGAGAGAUCGAUGUUACGAUCAAGCAGAACCAGCACCGGUCUCUGGUAGCUGGAGACACCCUCGUUGGUAA